AAUCGUCAUCAUUCCGCACCGGCGAACCCGCAUAUCUAUUCGUUCUGUCACGGAGAACGUUAGCUCGUAAAGUCUACUUUUUUUGUUUUUCAACACUGUCUUUGACGAAAUGAACAACUAAUUGCAGGACUACUGAAUUUCCACAGUGAGCCAACAAAAAUCAAAAAGGAGGCGCCAUGGGGACCAUAAUCUCACGAUGGAAGACAAAACCAACUACAGUGGAGCAGUUGGAGAACCUGGACAAGGAAAUUAAGGAGCUUGAAGAAUUCCGAGCAAAAAACCAGCGAUUACAAAAGUUAUGGGUGGGCCGGCUGCUCAUCUACUCGUCCGUGUUCUACCUGUUAACCUGUCUGGUGGUCUACUGCCUUUACUUGCCUGACCAAUGGCUUCACAGAUUAGCAAUGGCCCUGCCUUUCUUCGCCUACCCAGUGCUGGUGUGGUUCAUCCGGAAGUUACUGAUUUUCAUUUUCUUCAAACGCACUGAGAGGAACAGUGACAUCCUCGAAGAAUUAAAAGUCACCAAAAAAAAGAUACUAGAAGAAGUGAUGGAAACAGAAACAUACAAAAAUGCCAAAGUCAUCCUGGAACGCUUCGAUCCAGAAGCAAAGAAGAAAGCCGAGCUGGAGUCAACCCCAGUACGACCUCAGGUGACUCCCAGACCUGGACAAGACAUUCGCCAACGGGGUGUGGCCAUGAGACCGCCAGGAACCCCAGCAGCCAUGAUGAUGACUAGUCCACCUGAUGGCCAACACACCCCGGGCUCUGGGGCCACACCUGUAGCUCCAGGUGGACCACCCGAGAGAGCUGCUGUUUACCAAGUGGGAGUAGCCAGGACCCCUCGCAGCCCCAUACCAGGUGUAGGUCUACAUCCUCCUGGUCCUCCACUGGCAAGACCCAUUCUGCCUAGAGAAAGGGGAGCUUUGGACCGAGUGGUCGAGUACCUGGUGGGAGACGGACCGCAGAACAGAUACGCUUUAAUCUGUCAGCAGUGCUUUUCGCACAACGGCAUGGCCCUCAAAGAAGAGUUUCAAUACCUCGCCUUUCGCUGUGCGUAUUGCUACUUCUUGAAUCCAGCCCGCAAGACACGUCCACAGGCUCCCAGGCUGCCAGAGUUCAGUUACGAGAAACGGCUGCGCGCGGAGUCGCCGUCCCGAGCAAAGUGCUCCGGCACCGACACGGAGGGGAGUGCACCCCCCUCUGGAGCCAAGGCGCCGGCACCGUGGAGUUUGGUCCAUAGUUUCCCCGUCUGGCAGAACCCUCAGAAUCGAGCUCUGCAAAAUACAGACGAACGAGAGCUGGAUGAAGUUGUCCAAGCUCGCGCUGGAAUUGGAGAUGCUGAGAGCCAUGCCAAGGAGAAGGGGAAAGAAGAGAAGGAGGCAGAAGAGCUGGUUCAGGAAGAGGAAGUAGAUGAAGAGGAUGACGAAGCAGAGGACAACGACUCAUCCACCCAUGAACCUCAGCUGUCGUAGCCAUGUGGGGAGAAAAAGGUGUUUGCACUCACUAUCACAGACAGAAGCGAAAAGCUUUAAGUCAGAGAGGAUUAUUUGUGCUCAUACAGUAUUUAUUAUUACUUAUAUUAUUGAAAGUUUCAUGCAUGAGCUGCUGUUUCAAGGCAAACUUGUUUGGUUUAGAUAUAUUAAGUAAGUUUAAGACUCCAUUUUUAAACCAAGUUGAAACGGAGAGAAAAAAUUUGUCUUAUAGUCCGAACCCUAACCGUAUCAUUAAAAUAAUUGGCUAUUUAAGGCAUAUACACACAACUCAACUGACAAAAUUUGCAUUAAAUUAUAUAUUAAAUAACUGCUUAAUUCUUGAAAAUAUGAAACAGAAAUGAGUUCUAAUAAAAUAUACUGUGGGGCAAAUAAGUAUUUAGUCAACCACCAAUUGUCCAAGCUCUCCUACUUGAAAAGAUUAGAGAGGCCUGUAAUUGUCAACAUGGGUAAACCUCAAUCAUGAGAGACAGAAUGUGGAUAUAGAAAUAAAUGAUUGCUCAUUUAUUGUGGGAAAAAUGUACAGUGAGGCAAAUAAGUAUUUAGUCAACCACUAAUUGUGCAAGUUCUCCCACUUGAAAAUAUUAGAGAGGACUGUAAUUGUCAACAUGGGUAAACCUCAACCAUGAGAGACAGAAUGUGGUGAUUAAAAAAAAAACAGAAAAUCACAUAGUUUGAUUUUUAAAUAAUUUAUUUCCAAAUUAGAGUGGAAAAUAAGUGUUUGGUCACCUACAAACAAGCAAGAUUUCUGACUGUCAAAGAGGUCUAACUUCUUCUAACGAGGUCUAACUUGUUACCUGUAAGAACGGGGCCAUAUAUUGAGAGAUUCUGAGUGAAAAUCUCCUUUCAUCACCAAGGGCAUUGAAGAUGAGACGUGGCUGGGUCUUUCAGCAUGACAAUGAUCCCAAACACACAGCCAGGGCAACAAAGGAGUGGCUUCGUAAGAAGCAUUUCAAGGUCCUGGAGUGGCCUAGCCAGUCUCCAGAUCUCAACCCCAUAGAAUAUCUGUGGAGGGAGUUUAAAGUCCGUGUUGUGCAACGACAGCCCCAAAACUCUAGAGGAGAUCUGCAUGGAGGAAUGGGCCAAAAUACCAGCAACAGUGUGUGGAAAGCUUGUGAAGAGUUACAGAAAACGUUUGGCCUCCGUUUUUGCCAACAAAGGGAACAUAACAAAGUAUUGAGAUUCACUUUUGGUAUUGACCAAAUACUUAUUUUCCACCAUGAUUUGCAAAUAAAUUCUUUAAAAAUCAAACAAUGUGAUUUUCUGGUUUUUUUCCCCCCACAUCCUGUCUCUCAUGGUUGAGGUUUCCCCAUGUUGACAAUUACAGGCCUCUCUAAUAUUUUCAAGUGGGAGAACUUGCACCAUUAGUGGUUGACUAAAUACUUAUAGACCCUACCCACGUGACGUCACAACUCCGCCCUCCUGACUGGUGCCGCCCAAUUGUCCGUCAACACAUCGUGUUUACCUGUUACGGCUACGUACAUUCCUCCUAUUUACGGCGUGUUUUUCUGCUCGUUAACAUUAAUAAUCAAAAUGGUGAAGGCGUGUGUGGCGGUCGGUUGCAAUACCAGAGAAGAUAGACGGAGAGACUUGAAGUUCUACCGGAUUCCGAGAAACCCGGAGAGGAGAGCGAGAUGGGCUGCUGCAAUUCGACGAGAAAACUGGGCUCCAAACGAUUACCACAGAUUAUGUAGUAGUCAUUUUAUACCUGGUAAGAUGCAUUUAAUAUAUAUUUAGAGGGUUUUGGGCUGACAACCACAAUUAAGAUCAUUGCUAGGCUAAUCGCCGACAACAUACACGUAUGUAUGUAGUGAGAGUGCUAUCGCUAAACCAUAUAAACAUUAAAAGCCCUAGCUCCAUUGACAAAUGACAUGAAAUACAUUAGACUUGACAGCGGAUGUUAGCAAGAACAAAAGAUUUUGAAUUGAAAAUUUCGUAACUCACCUUUCCAAGCACAAGAUAGAUUCCUGCCGAAUUUUCGUGGACGAGGACCUGUUUCACCCAACCAGCAACGAAGUAUUUAUAAGCCUCCAAGCUCUUAAAGUUUUUCAAACUUUCGUGAGAAUAGGCUGAUUUUGUGUGGACAAGAUAGUUGUAAAUAUCAGGGUAGCUGGCAGAUGUCAGGCGAAGACGGCGAAGACAGCGAGUCGAAAAACAUCGAUUUAGGCAUCAAAUAUGGAUCUGGCGAAUGGAUAAACUGAAGCUUUUCCACAUAACGCCUUUUAUGCAACGCAUCCAGUGAGUUUACGGCAUCCGAAAGCACCGGGUCUUCCAUGAAAUGCAUUAUAAAUUGCUCGAUCACUUGAGACCAUUGAUAAUAGACACACAAAAUGACGGACAGUGGGGCAGAACAAUACAGCGAUCACGUGAUUUUGUGACGUCUGUGGGUAGGGUCUAUAUCCCCACUGUACAUUUUUCCCACAAUAAAUGAGCAAUCAUUUAUUUCUAUAGAUUUGCCAUAUUACACAUUUUACUCUUCUAUAACUGAGCUGAAUUAUCUCUCCAUUUUAAAAUUUAAAUGUGGUCCUUGAGAACAAAAUUGUGCCCUCCCUUGGUUUAAACCGGUGGUCAGCAACCCGCGGCUCUUUAGCGCUGUCCUAGUGGUUCCCUAGAGCUUUUUAAAAAAAUGUUUUUGAAUGGAAAGAGAUGGGGGACUAAAAUAUAUUUUUUGUUUUAAUGUGGUUUCUGUAGGAGGACAAACAUUCUAAUUCAGUAAUAUUGUAAAGAAGUUUAACUUGAGGUGACAUCGUACAACGGUAGUCAACAUACAACAUGGUGUGUCAUUCUCUGUAGGAUGCACUGCAGGGAAAAUACAUUUAAUCACGAAGGCUAAUUAUGUAUUUGUUGGCAGUCCUUUUCACAGGAGGCUAAUAUUGCUAAUUUAGAUGCAUCAGCAUGUGUUGCCUUCAUUAUAAGGCUUUUAAUUUUUUGCGGCUCCCGACAUAGUUUUUUUUUUUUUUUUUGGUCCCCAUCAAAAUUUUGGGUUGCCGACCCCUGGUUCAAACCAUAAACUUCCUUUAACUGUGUUUAGUGCUUAACAACUUUGGGUAGUUAGACCUGCAAAACAAAAUGGAUGGGCAUCAAACACUUUGACUUCUAGGAAAAUGCCCAACCCACUUGUUUAAGUUCUUUUUAAAUGGAAAUUUACUGAGCGAAGAGAGGUCACUAUUCUUGAUGCUGGGCAUGUGGCAUCAUGUGUUGAAGUCUCUUAUCUUUAGGUAGAAUUUGGUAAGCCUUCUAGCAUAAGCAUAAGUUCUUAUCUAUCAUCAUCGUUUUCAGUUGUAUUGCUCUCAAAAUGGCUGACGUUUUUGUAGCUUAUCAGCUACAAAAAUUAUUUUAAUAUUUUAAUAUUUAUACUAUACUUUAUACUAAGCAUUAAUUACAUUCUUCAACCUGCCACUUGCCUUGUUUGUUUUAAAAGAGUUUGCCAAAUGUCUUCUUGACAGCAUUGCACUGACUUCAUAUCUACCGUAUUUGGCCUUCAAACAUGUUGAUGCACAUUGUUUGCCGCACUGUUUUGUUUUUUUUUGUUUUUUUGAAAAUGGCCGAAGAUGAGGUACUAUUUAGCGUCAAUGGAGUGACCAAUGAACUGAUAUUUGUUAUAAAAACUGGUACCUUCAUUUUUCCUGUUUACAUUCCCACCUGCGUAGUGCUGUGCAACAUGGGAAAAAUCCUCUGUCACGAUCAUGAUAGCGAUAUGGCACGGUAUAAUGUAAUUUUUAAUCAUUUGAUGAAAAAAAAAAACAUACAAAAUACUAUGACAGGUUUCCCCUCUGAUUUUUUUCAUUCUUAUUUGCCACAUAGAUAAAACAAGUUAAUACAUAUACGUAGACAAUAUUAUUGGUAGAUUAGCUGAUUAACUGGUAAAGAAACAGUUUGAAGCCAAACACUGGGAAGGCUAUUAUUUCAAAAUAAAAAUGAAUAACAAGUCAUCCCUAUGGCACUUGUUGCAUUUUGUUCAUAUAUAUUUAAGUGUUUGCUCUGCUAAACUCCAGAAAAUCCAUUUGUCACCUCCAAUAAUUGUUUUCAUGACACUGCCGCUGCUAAAAUAAAAGUUUUUCAGCAAUAACAUGAGUGCCAAUGUUGUCAUUUGAACCAUUAGUGAAAGUAUAAAAAAGUCAAUGCAGUAAUUACAAGUUUAUUUCCAACUCCUCCACAGACACACAACUAGAAUUAAAUAUAUAAAAAAAAAAAAAAAAAAAAAAUGAAAAUGUGAGCCCAAAUUAACUCGCAAAAUGAACCAAAUUAAGUCAAUGAUGGCUGCACAAUCAAUCACGUUGUUGGAAAGACAUCCAACAACAACGCAACCAAAAUUCCUUCACUUAUGUGUUCCUCAGUUAUUAUAGAGACGCCAACCUUCCCCGGUUAGCAUUUGAAAGUCACAUGGCCCAGGACAUACAAAAAUCACAGUCACAAAUAAUUCCAAACAUUUCACUUCACCCUCCCACCCACCGUAUAAGACUUAUUUGUCCUGCAAUUGUCCAGAGGAAAAACAUGUACAGUAUUUCUAAUUUUAAAUUAGAUACAUUACAUUCCUGAUUGGAGACACUAGGCUGCAAAGACUUUAUUUUCAUUUGAUGAGUCCCAUCAAUUGAUAGUCCCUUUAUAAUGAUUAUCUUAAACAUUCUUUUGAAGCACAAAUCCAAUUUUAGAAUUUAGAUAGUUUAGUUAGUAGAAUGUUAAAUGUAUUCCCAGUAAAUCUUUGUUUUUACACCCCCCCCAUUCAAGCACAGUGUUGAUUUACAAAAUGUAUAUUGUUCAAUUUUCUUAAUAUUGACAAUAGUUUUAUUAAGGUUGUACUUGUAAAAGGCUUAAGAAUUGCUGCUCUAGAUCAAAAAUGUAUAUAUCUUAAAAGGGGCUAAUGUGCGCAUUAUCUGUGCCCAUUGGAAAAAUGCUGUUAUUUUUUUCAAAAGCAAAGAAAAGUUUUGUUGUUUUUGCAGGAUAACACUGGACAUGUGAUUUUCACUGUACCACGAUGUCUGAUAUCCUGUGAAUAAAAGCUGCAACUGAAGUAUAACACUUGUUUUUAAG